AUGUCCGAACAAAGUAAGGAUGUGUGCGACCCCAACUUUGCAGCCGAGGCCUCCAACUCCGAGGUGCCCAGCAGCCCCGGCAUUCCCGGCGGGCCCUCUCCUCCAGGGUCUCAGGCCGCGACCCUCACUGAGCUGGAGAGUCCUCCCUUAAGCCCGCCUGAUGCCCCUCUGGUCUCGCUGCCUCCCCAGGCUCCAGGCGAAGAGGGAGACCCGAAGGCCCUGCAGCAGGCCGCUGAGGAAGGCCGUCCCCACCAGGCCCUGAGCACAACUCAGCUCAGCCCGGCGCCCCCGGCCCCGGCCCAGCUGGUGCAGAAGGCACACGAGCUCAUGUGGUACGUGCUGGUCAAAGACCAGAAGAGGAUGAUCAUCUGGUUCCCAGACAUGGUGAAAGAUGUCAUCGGCAGUUACAAGAAGUGGUGCAGAAGCAUCCUUCGGCGCACCAGCCUCAUCCUCGCGCGCGUGUUUGGGCUGCACCUGAGGCUGACCAGCCUGCACACCAUGGAGUUUUCGCUGGUCAAAGCUCUGGAGCCAGAGGAGUUGGACAGGGUCGCUCUGAGCAACCGCAUGCCGAUGACAGGCCUCCUGCUGAUGAUCCUGAGCCUCAUUUACGUGAAGGGUCGCGGCGCUCGAGAGAGUGCAGUCUGGAACGUGCUGCGCAUCUUGGGGCUGAGGCCUUGGAAGAAGCACUCCACCUUCGGAGACGUGAGAAAGCUUAUUACCGAGGAGUUCGUCCAGCAGAACUACCUGAAGUACCAGCGCGUCCCCCAUGUCGAGCCCCCUGAGUACGAGUUCUUCUGGGGCUCCCGUGCCAGCCGCGAAAUCACCAAGAUGCAGAUCAUGGAGUUCCUGGCCAGGGUCUUUAAGAAAAACCCCCAGGCCUGGCCUUCCCGCUACAGGGAAGCGCUGGAAGAGGCUAGGGCCCUGCGGGAGGCCCACCCCACUGCCUACUGCCCCCGCAACAGUGUCUCCGAGGACUAG